GUUGUUUAGGAAAACGAAUUUUUGGUUUGAAUUUGUGAAAACCACACAAAAUCUAGAGUUUUAAUUAUAUAUUUGUAUAAUAUUAGUUUUAAUAUUAAUAUUUUGGUUUUUGUGCGAUUUGAUUUUAAUUUUGAAAAUGUUGAAUAAUUUGACUCGAUUUUAUUUGUUUUAAAAAAAUAAAUUACAAAAAACGCAUGCUCAGCCCCUAAAUAGUUUCCUUUUGCGUAUUGGUCUGUGAGAGAAACCCUGUAAAGAUGAGCUCUUCAGUUUCCAUGUUUACACUAGCACCUCCUCGAUCCCACCGCUGCCUCUACACACUCUCAUUUUUAUAGUUGUUGCAAUAAAAUUCUUCUCUUUUUAUGAAUUGAACAAAAAGGGAAGCAGAGAAGAAAACACCCAAUUUCUUUUCUUUUCUUUUUUUGUGAGAAAUGAUGGGCGAUAAAGAGAAAAAGAAGAAGAAGAAGAGAGGUGGAGCGAAGAGGAAGAUGACAGUUGAGCAGACGGCGGCGUACAAAGCUGUGAGGGAGUGGGUUUUUUUGGAGCAGUCGAAUGGUAGUAGCAAUUCAAUGAGUAGUUGUGUAGUGGAUGAUGAUUUUGGGGUGCAAUGCUACCAGCCCAAGGAGAAGCUUCUCUUUGAAUUUCAUUGCCACACAACAUGCAGCGAUGGAUUCUUGUCCCCUUCCAAGCUUGUCGAGAGAGCUCAUCACAGAGGGGUGAAAGUGUUGGCUUUGACAGACCAUGACACAAUGUCUGGCGUCCCUGAAGCCAUGGAAGCAGCUCGCAGAUUUGGCAUCAAAAUUAUUCCUGGUGUUGAAAUCAGUACAAUUUUCUACUCAAGAGGGGAUUCAGGGGUGCAAGAACCGGUUCACAUCCUUGCCUAUUAUAGUAGCUGCGGUCCGACAAAUUCUGCAGGAUUGGAGAAGUUUUUAGGGGAUAUUCGGGAUGGACGAUUCCUCCGUGCAAAGAGCAUUGUUUCAAAGCUGAACAAACUCAAGCUGCCAAUUAGGUGGGAAACCGUGACAAGAAUAGCAGGAAAAGGUGUUGCACCCGGAAGGCUUCAUAUUGCUCGUGCUAUGCUUGAAGCGGGGCACGUAGAAAAUCUGAAACAGGCAUUUGCCAGAUAUCUUUAUGAUGGCGGACCUGCUUACUCCACGGGAAGCGAGCCUGUUGCAGAGGAAACAGUGCGAUUUAUACGUGAAACCGGGGGUGUUGCAGUGUUGGCGCACCCAUGGGCACUGAAAAACCCUUCUGCUAUAGUCAGGAGACUUAAGGAUGCAGGCUUACAUGGCAUAGAGGCUUAUAGAAGCGACGGAAAGCUGUCAGUAUAUAGUGAUCUAGCAGAUGCGCACGAUCUGUUGAAGCUCGGAGGAUCCGAUUAUCAUGGGAGGGGAGGCCAACAAGAGUCGGAUGUGGGAAGCACGAGUGUUCCUGUUUUGGUAGUGCAAGAAUUCCUCAAGGUCGCUCGACCAAUCUGGUGCAACGCCAUUCAAGAUAUACUCGAAAACUACAUAAAAGAUCCUUCUGAGUCAAAUUUGCAAGAUAUAGUGAAAUUCGGAAGAAUGGCAACUUCAAAGACAAGUUUGAGUUUUGGCUGUGCAAAUGACUUGAUCAACCAGUGUCUGGCAUCGUGGCUGACCCAAGAAGAACGUGAAAAUUCCGAGUUUGAGGCCAUAAAGUUAGAGUUGGAAGCCCACGCUGAAGCAGGUUGAUUUUGACCUGCAUUUUUUCUUCAAUUUUUUCUAUCAUACAAGAGACCAGUCCAUACACAUUGCAGGAGAAUUUUCAGAACUGGCAUCAUACUUUCUUUGUUUUACAAAUUCAUAAUUUAUGGCACAGCUUUUUUCGGACAUAGAAAUUGAUUACACUCAUUUCUUUGUUUUAAUUAAUGUCAAGCUUCUGUUGUAAGUAUUCUGUAUUGGAAUGCUUCAAAAUCGAUUAAAGUUUCCACUAUUA